UCAACGGACAAUUUUCCAACGUAGAGAGACCGGCAUUUCUGGUCCAUUGCUCAAGCCAGUCCUCUUCUUCUUGGCCAUGAACCAACAAGCCUUUAACCCCAUUCUCUAAUCACUAGAUGAGUUACAGAGCCAUGGAAUCGCCAGGAGGGAGAUGCUUUGCUGCUUUCAUUCUUCUCCUCAUCCUCGUUUCACAAGCUUGCCAUGGAUUUCAUCUUCCCGGAAGCUAUAAUAAACACAUAUAUUCCAAGGCUGACAUACUUUUUCUCAAAGUGAACUCUCUGACCUCCAUUAAUACCCAGCUUCCCUUCAGCUACUACAGCCUGCCUUACUGCAUUCCUCCAAUGGGCAUCAAGAAGAGCGCUCAUAAUCUCGGGCAGAUACUCAUGGGAGAUCAGAUCGUUAACUCGCCAUACCGUUUACGUAUGAAUGUUAACGAGUCAAUCUACCUCUGUACUUCUCCGCCGUUGAGUGCGGAUGAUGUCAAACGGUUGAAACAGAGAACUCGAGAUUUGUAUCAGGUGAAUUUGAUGCUUGAUGGUUUGCCUUUGCGGAGAUAUGCCAGGUGGAAUGAGAUUACGUUUCAGUGGACAGGGUUUCCUGUUGGGUUCACAGACAUGGGGUCUAAUGGUGAUUACCUCAUCAAUCACCUCAAAUUCAGGGUCCUUGUUCAUAAGGACGAGGAGAAAGAUGACAGCUUUCAGCCGCAGAUGAUUGGUGUUGGAGAAGAUGAUGAUAUGAAUGGUUAUGGAAUUGUGGGCGUAGAGGUAGUCCCUUGUAGCAUCAAGUAUGAUCAUGAAAAAAUGUAUGCACUCCACAUGUAUGAUCAUAUUCCUCACCCAAACUAUCCCUUGGAGCUUAACAAGUUUCAGGUAAUCAGAGAGCAGGAAAGAGUAUCAUACACUUAUGAAGUAGAAUUUGUGAAAAGUGAAGUGAGAUGGGAGUCCAGAUGGGAUGCUUAUCGGCCUAUGGAAGGCACGAUUCACCGGCUUUCCAUUCUCAGCUCGCUGGUAGUGAUCUUCCUCUUGGCCGGGGGUGUUCUUAAGAUUCUCAAGAAUACAGUCAAGAAACAAGUUCACCAGCAGCCACAGGGGAAAGAGGAUCUUCCAGGAUGGAGACUCAUAAUGGGGGAUGUGUUCAGAGAACCAGGGCACUCCAUGCUUCUGUGUGUGGUGAUAGGAAAUGGGGUUCAGAUAACUGGAGCUGCAAUUCUCACUGUUGUUUUUGCUGCCCUGGGAUUCAUAUCCCCAGCUUCCCCAGGCAUGCUGCUGCUUGGGUUGAUAGUGUGUUAUCAUCUCUCAGGAAUUUUAUCUGGUUAUAUUGGAGUAAGGCUUUGGAUUACCCUCAAGGGGACUUCAGAAAACUGGAAAUCUGUUUCUUUCUCAACUUCAUGCUUCUUUCCUGGGAUUGUUUUCGUCGUUCGAGUUGUUCUCCUGGAUUUCAUUUACUGGGGAAACUAUAGCACUGCAGCCAUUUCCAUGUAUACAUAUCUUCAACUCUUCCUCCUUUGGUUCUGCAUUUCAGUCCCUCUCACUCUCCUGGGAGGAUACCUGGGGACAAAACCCGAAAGGACUCCACACCCUCUCCAUACUAACCAUGUUCCUAGAGAAAUCACUGCUCCUACAUACCAAUCCUGGCUUCUUGUUCUUGUUGGGGGAUCCAUUGCAUUCUCCACCCUCUUCCUGGACCUCUUCUUCAUCCUCUCCACCAUCUGGUUCGGGCAAUUCUACUUCGCCUAUGGUUUUCUGCUCGUUGGCGUCCUGUUGUUGGUUGUCGUCUGUGCUCAAGUUUCUGUAGUGCUUACUUACGUGCGCCUUCGAGCUGAGGAUUGGAAGUGGUGGUGGAAGGCAUUCUUUGCAUCAGGAUCUGCUGGCUUCUUUGUUUUCGCUUACUGUGCCUAUUACUUGGUUUAUGAGCUUAAUGGGUUGAGUGGAUUAGCCUCCACCAUGAUUUACCUGGGAUACUCUCUGCUCAUUUCAAUGGCAGUCAUGCUCUCCACUGGCGCCAUUGGCUUCCUCACAUCGCUCUACUUUGUGCGCUACCUUUACUCUUCUCUCAACAUUGAUGCCAUCAUCUGAAGAAACUGCACACCUCGUUGCAGAGUGUUUCCUAGUACUUCUGUGAUAUGUUUCUUCACCUUAACUAUGUUGCUUGCUUUUCUCUCUGUUCGUGUCAGUUACACAGCAUAAAUAGCAUCUGCAUGUGUGUAAGUAUGUCUGUGAUUCCCAGGAAAUGGGAAUAUGAGUAAAGAGAAAGUGUCUAUGGUUCAGUAAAAGAUUUGAUACAAGUAAUAUAUAAAUGUCAGUGUUACUUA